CCCUACUUCUUCGUAGUCUCGUCAUUUCCAUAGUCAAGUAACGCGAUUAUGGAGACUCCCUACCCGAAUCCCAUAUCUCCCUCGCAGACCCGGGUCGGAUGGAUCGGCAUCGGCGUUAUGGGCGCUGCCAUGGCCGGCCGACUCCUCUCCGCCGGCUACUCUCUCACCAUCUACGCCCGCACCCCUUCCAAGGCCUUCCCUCUAACUUCCCGCGGUGCCCACUUCGUCGACUCCCCCCGCGGGGUCGCCGAGCGGAGUGACGUCGUCUUCACCAUGGUGGGUCACCCAUCGGACGUUCGAUCAGUAGUCCUGGACGAGGGAGGGGUCCUCUCCGGGCUGAAACCCGGUGGUGUGGUCGUCGAUACCACCAGUAGCCACCCAGGCCUCGCGCGAGAGAUCUUCGCGGCGGCGCGUGAGAGAGUUUGCUGGGCGGUCGAUUCGCCAGUGUCAGGCGGCGAUAUCGGUGCUAGAGAUGGAAAACUUGCGAUAUUAGCCGGUGGGGAUGGAGGGGUUGUAGAGUGGCUCUCCCCUCUGUUCGAACUAAUGGGUAAAGUCACUUAUAUGGGGGGACCGGGAUGUGGGCAGAGCAGCAAGAUCGCGAAUCAGAUUGUGGUGGGCGCUAACCUGCUUGGGCUGAGCGAGGGGCUGGUGUUCGCUGAGUGGGCGGGGCUUAAUGUUCGGCAAUUCAUGAAUGCAAUUCGAGGCGGGGCUGCUGGGUCGAAGGUGAUGGAGCUAUUCGGGGAGAGGAUGAUCGAGAAGGACUUUAAGCCUGGUGGGUUCGCAGAGUAUAUGGUGAAGGAUUUGGGGAUGGGUGUGGAUGUUGUUGAAGGGGGAGAAGAUGAGAAGGUCGCAGUCCUUCCCGGGGCGGCAUUGGGCAAGCAGUUGUUCUCGGCGAUGGUGGCAAAUGGGAAAGGCACCUUGGGCACCCAAGGUCUUAUCAGUGUGAUUGAUAGAUCAAUGGCAGGGCUCCGAAUUUGUUGCCUUUAAGUGGUUCGAGAGUGUGAUGUUCUUGUUUUCCAUCUCGUACUUCCACUGGAAACUUGGGAAGCAGAGGUUUAGUUCCAGAUAUUUGGUGUCCUGCAUUAUGCACUUGAAGAUACUAUCUGGUCGUGUCUGAUUCCACAAGCUAUAUCUCAUGCCUGUAUUAUAUUUUGAGAUUCCAGCAUUUGGUUUGUCACACUUUGUCUGUAGACUCAUCAAGAAUGUUAGAAGAUUUUUGUCAAAUUUGUAGAUGCUCUGCCAUUUCACAGGUUGUGGUCAAAGGAUCAUGUCCACUGCAAGGCAGCGAUAUCAAGAGAUGCGAUGGAGUCGAAAACAUAUAGAAGAACCGUGCUUUUAUGCGGAAAUAUUGUUAUAUCCUCUUUGCUUUUCUUCAUGUCAAACAUGACCAUAUACGUGAAGAAUGCUUGGUUCAUUCCCAGUGGCAUCUAUGCAGCAAGAGAGUCGCAAAACCUGAGAGCCACGAUUCGGCCGGAGGGGUUUUCUCGGAAGGGAUGUGUUAACUACAUAGAUGGCAGCAUCCAACCGGGAAUUGCAAUAUGUUUGCGGAGCUCUGGGUCAUGAAGGUGAGCCUGAGGAUUCCAUGGGAGGUCAGCACCGGUCUAUCCUUCUGGAAUCAGUCUCGGGAGGAACAGAUAGAACCGUUGAUAAGCACCGAUGAGUCCCCACCCUAGCAGUCUAUUGCAGGAUAGCACAACUGUCACGUAAACUAUAUGUAUAGUUACAGGAGGCAACUGAUAUGCCGUGCCGACUAUCUCGAAGGGACUUAGCCUGCUUCUUGUUCUUGAUGUGCAUCGUAUCGCGAAUAUAAUUCAUCUGAAGAUUAUACAAACAUGGACUAAUACUGCAGAAUCAGUUUUAGAUUUA